AUGGAGGAGAUUCUGAAUAAAGUGGCAGAUUUGGCGCCAGCUUUAUCUCCAGCUCAAUGGUGCCAGAGUUUCUUCGCACUUUCUGCCGCUCUCGUUUUAGCUCUACAGGUUCUCCCUCGAGAUGUCCGUAGGGCUAUGAUGGACUAUGGUCCUCGAAGACCUAAAGACGGAAAGUCCAGGAACAAGAAAGAAGAAGAUGAGAAGCAAAGCUUCGCAGGAUUGAGAUCGUUCUUGAAAAACCUAACGGAAUAUGGGCAAGUGCCUCACUCGUGGUUUUUGCACUUCUACAUCACCUCAGUAUCUCUGUCAGGCUUUUGGGCCUGGCAAUAUUUAACGAGGGGAUCGGUGUUGAGGAUUAUUGCUACGUGGCAGGACAGGGCUGGCCGAUCAUCGAUGAGCCUAGAGCAAAUUUAUAUCGCAUGGCUGCUCAUGGCGUUGCAGGGUUCAAGGCGGUUAUAUGAGAGUUUGUUUGUAUUCAAGCCAGGCUCGUCACCUAUGUGGUUCAUUCAUUGGGCACUUGGUGCUGCAUUCUAUGCCGUUAUAAGCCUCGCUGUCUGGAUCGAGGGUUCUAGUGCAAUUUUGUCAUGUUGGGAUUCUCCUAACCAGCCCCUUAAAAUCCCACGGAGGUUGCUAUCGGCUGUUUUAUUCUAUUUCGUUGCAUACUUCAAGCAAAAUCAAUGCCACAGACAUCUGGCCAGCCUCAAGAAGUACACACUUCCAACGGAAGGGUGGUUCAAAUACCUCGUCUGCCCCCACUAUACUGCCGAGUGCAUUCUGUACCUUGCAAUUGCCUGGAUCGCUGCGCCUCCAGGCGAGCUAUUCAACAAGAGUAUCCUGACUGCUGUGGCGUUUGUGGCCGUGAACCUGGGCACUACGGCAAAGGGCACAAAAGCAUGGUAUGAGAACAAGUUCGGCUCAGACAAGGUAGCUGAUCGAUGGAUCAUGAUCCCACCUGUCUACUAGCUUUCUAGUCACACCUGAAUCUUUCAUCGUUUGAGGAAGAUGCCAAGCUUGUUCGCGACUUUUGAUACCUGAAGAACAUCUCGAUACGUCAGGCUUGUGCGAGUUUGACGGAUAUUCCGACCAUUGGCGUAUACACCGGGAGAACGGAGAAGAUCCCAGUUGGCAACAGUUUCGGCACUCAAGUCAGCAUCCUCUUCGAUAUCAGCAAUCCCAUGGAGAUAUUCAGUAUAUAGCUCGUCAGUUGUGACGAGUAAACUACGGGGUUCUUGGAGGAUCCUCCAAGCAGGUUCGGGAUCAAGAGCGCCGUCCUCCUUGCUGCGAUGCAGGUUCAGGCAUAGGCUGGCUCCAAGGCUGACGGUGG